AUGAUGAAGGCUAAGCCCGGGCAACCGCUGGUAGUUCGGCGACAAGGCUGGGUUUCAUACAAGGACGAUGGGUUUCUGUCGCUGUUGUGGCAGAAACGGUACAUGAUAUUGAAUGAUUGUUAUAUCGAUCUGUACAAAGGCAAUAAGAGAACCGAUAGUGCCAUUGUCAGUAUUCCGCUCACAAACAUAGUAUGUGUGAGCUUACACAAGGCCAAGCCCUUUUGUUUGGAAAUUGUGAAAGUCAAUUCCAGACCCUCCAUGUCGGUAAAUGGUGGAGGAGUGGCUUCAGACUCUAUCAAUAAAAAUAACACAAAGAGUAUAUAUGUGGCAUUGAAGACUGAGCAAGAGCUAUAUGGUUGGGUAGAUACCAUAUUUGCCAAAUGCCCACUUCUUAGUGGAGUUUCUUCUCCGACUAAUUUCAUCCAUAGUGUGCAUGUUGGUUUUGAAGCAGACACUGGUAAUUUUAUUGGUCUACCGUCCGACUGGGAAAGAAUGUUAGCUUAUAACAGAUCUAACACACCAGUAGAUAAACCAAAUAUAAUAAAGAGUAGCAACUCUAUACGCAGGAAAUUUUCCUUACCGAAAAGGUCAAGUUCGAUGUCUAGAGCAAGAAGCGUACUAAAGCCUGUAAAACAAUCCCUAAGCAUCAAUAGAAAGUCCUCGUUAAGGAAUGAUACCACAAACAUGGGCAAGCAGGCUUGUAAGAUCACAUCACAUAGAAAUGGGGCCAGAUCACCAGAGCGGGGGUCUCAAUUGUGGACAUACCAAAAUAGAAAUCUUGGCGGGAGGGACAGCACUGUUUUAUCAACCAGGUACGACAGGCAUGGUCAUGAUCAAAACAGAGACGAUGACGAUUAUAUCAUAAAUACUAACACUGCAUUUGUAAACAGCAUUCAAACAAACAGUAAUGACGAAAAUAGUAUUUUGCAUUAUUACGAGCAAUUUCUGGAACGAUAA